AUGCUGGCGCUGGCCGACUGGAGCACCGUCGCGGUGUGCGCGGGGCUCAAGCUGCCGCAGGCGGCCGCUUUGCUGGCGGCCAAGUCCGCCCGGGGACUCAGCUUGGAGAGUUUGGUGCUGGAGCUGAGCGGCUUCCUUGUAUGCCUGCGAUACCACAGUUACUACAAUUAUCCUCUGUCAGCAUAUGUAGAAUAUCCCAUCAUCAUUGCCCAAGAUGUCAUUCUUCUUUCGUUUGUUCUGCACUACAAUGGCAAAAUGAAGCAUGCUUUGCCAUACACUGUCAUAUUUGUGGUGGGAUGGUAUGUGCUAGGUCUGCAGAAAUGGAUAGUGGACCUGGCUAUGAAUUUAUCCACUCUAGUUAGUGCAGCAAGUAAAUUUGCUCAGCUCAGAUGUCUCUGGCAGACUAAAGAUUCUGCACAAGUGAGCACCUUGACUUGGAGUUUAGCUACAUACACCUGUGCAGCAAGAAUAUUCACAACAUUGAUGACAACAAAGGAUCUCACAGUUCUUGUCCGUUUAGUGGUCAUGAUGGCUCUUAAUAUAUGGGUCACAGCAACUAUACUGCAUUACAGGAAAACUGCUAAAAAGACUGACUAAAACAUGAGCUCUUCUGCCUAUUUUAAGUAGUCUGGACCAAAAGGAAG